AUGGAACCUAACGUCCAGCGCCUUCUUAACGAUAAGCUCUACGAUAAGAGGAAGACUGGUGCUCUUGAACUCGAACGCUCUAUUCGAGAGCUGGUAACGACCAAGGACUACAAGAGGGUUAAGGAUAUCCUUGAGCAGUUGUGUAACGAAUACGCUUAUGCUGUCCAUCAACCUCAUGCACGAAAUGGAGGCUUGAUUGGCUUGGCUGCUGCUGCCAUAGCCCUCGGUUCAGAACUGCCGAGAUAUCUCGAGGUUAUCGUGCCGCCUGUUCUAGCUUGUUUCACCGACCAAGAUGCUCGUGUUCGGUAUUAUGCUUGCGAGUCAAUGUAUAAUAUUGCCAAGGUUGCUAAAGGCGAGAUUUUGAAAUAUUUCAACCACAUAUUUGAUGCUUUAUGCAAGCUAGGUGCAGACUCAGAACUUUCUGUGAAAAACGGCGCCGAACUUCUCGACCGUCUAAUCAAGGAUAUUGUCUCCGAGUCAGCGGCUACUUACGUGUCCGUGCUCGAGAGUGAACCUCCCCCGCCUUAUGAUGCGAAGGACUCUGAGCAGAGCGCUUCCCCUAAUUCGAACCUCCCAACAGCUUUCUCACUCCCGGAUUUUAUCCCUCUCCUAAAGGAACGGAUAUGGGUUAUGAACCCGUUUACUAGAACGUUCCUUGUUGGUUGGAUUACUCUACUCGACUCUAUUCCGGAUCUCGAACUGGUUACGUACCUGCCCGAGUUUCUAGGUGGCUUGCUCAAGUUUCUCAGUGGCAACAAUGCCGACGUUCAUGCGGCAACACAGGCUUGUCUAGAUAAGUUCUUGAACGAAAUCAAGAGAAUUUCCCGAGUGAAGAAGGGUAUCGCCGAGAGUAGAAAGUCGAAGGGGGAUGGAAAGAGGAAGCGGGAGGACUCUGUCGACAGCGGUAGUAUGCGUCUGGCAGCGGAUGACGCUGAGGAAGCAGGCUCUACUACGGCUAACGAGGAUGAUGAUGAAGUCAGCAGCGAGGAUGACUGGAUUCCGGGACAAGAUGUGCAGAUUAACUAUAAGGCCAUCCUUGAGAUCCUCACUGCGACCCUUGAUUCCCCCUUGGAGGAAGACAGCCUUCUAGAAAGCCUACGAUGGAUAGUAUCGUUUCUAGAUAUCUGCCCUGAAGAAGUCUUACCAUUUACUCCUAAAAUAUUAGCCCACCUCCUCCCAGCAAUGGCCAGCGGGGUCGAGCCCAUUCGACAGGCUGCGACAAGAGUGAAUACAUCACUUAUGGAAUACGUUGUCUCUCUUACAGACGAAAAUGAAGUAGCCCCGGGUCAAUCGACGUCACGACUAUCUGCACCUACUGCUGACCGCGCAGAAGGAGCAUCUAGUACACGCGCCUCUUUGUCGAGCAAUCGCGAAACGGAUCUACGCAGUCCCACACCAGCUCAAAACCGCAGGGCACCAACCCCUGCCCAACCAUCUCAGCUUCAGCCAGACUUGGAUUAUGCUGCAGCAGUUAAUUCUCUCACAUUACUAUUUUUGAAUGACCACGAAGCAACCCGCGUUGCUGCAUUAACUUGGCUCAUCAUGUUGCACCGAAAAGCACCUAGGAAAAUUGUCGCUUUUAACGAUGGAACAUUCCCUGCCCUCCUCAAGACGCUCUCAGACCCGGCAGAAGCUGUUGUUACUAAGGACUUACAGUUGUUAUCUCAAAUAUCUAGAAACAGCGAAGACGACUACUUUUCUAAUUUUAUGGUCAGUCUUCUGCAACUUUUCUCUACUGAUAGAAAGCUAUUAGAGACUAGAGGAAACCUGAUCAUACGCCAAUUAUGUAUGACUCUAAGCCCCGAGAGGAUAUACCGUACUCUAGCCGAAACGAUCGAGAAGGAAGAGGAUGUUGAGUUUGCCAGCAUAAUGGUGCAGAAUCUCAACAAUAACCUAAUCACGGCGCCGGAAUUAGCCGACUUGAGGAAACGGUUACGGAACCUAGAGACGAAGGAGGGUCAAGUGUUCUUCGUCGCCUUAUUUCGUUCCUGGUGUUAUAACGCCGUUGCAACCUUCUCCUUAUGUCUACUCGCUCAGGCAUACGAAGCUGCGUACAAUCUCUUACAAAUUUUUGCGGAGCUAGAGAUGACAGUCCACAUUCUUAUCCAGAUCGACAAGCUUGUCCAACUGAUUGAGUCUCCCGUCUUCACAUAUCUGCGACUCCAACUUCUCGAACCUGAGAAGUAUCCAUACCUUUAUAAAUGUCUUUACGGAAUUUUGAUGCUUUUGCCGCAGUCUUCUGCUUUUGCGGCUCUCAAGAAUAGGUUGAACAGCGUAAGCGCAAUAGGAUACUUGCAGAUCGGGCCUCGACCGUAUGUACCCUAUCUCACUAGUCCUUUGACAACCCCCUGGCAAGGUUCAGUGGCCGAAGCCGUCUCCUCUUACCAAAGCCACCACCCUCGCUCCCAAAGCGUCCAUGACACUUAUUCUUCAUGCGUUCUUAGUCCUGCCACUACACCUAGCGCUUCAAAUUAUGACCGCCCAAACAGGUUGGGGAAGGGCCGCGAAGACAAUACGAUACGGUGGGACCAGCUCUUGGAAAAAUUCAGGAGCGUGCAAGAGAAGGCGAGACGAGCACAAAGGAUGCUGGAUGGUAGCAACCUCGACGACGGUCUAGACUUCGGCGGAUUACGUAUCACAGAACGAGAGCCCCCACGGCCUGUGCCGGCCCCGGCCGUACCACCGAAAGAUUCGACGCCGCCCGCAGCGCCGCCGCCAAAGCGUUCGGGAUUAGGGAAACAGUUUGGACGACUGGGCGCGUCCGUUUCGGGCAGGGGGAAACGAUCGCAGCCCCAAUAG